UCGUCUUUUAAUGACCUUUGACUACAAGAUUUAAAAUUAUGCGAAUUUAUACGCUUCUUGGUACCGAGCUUAAGCAUAAAUUUAGAUUAAGUGAGCGUUAAAGCACAUUCCAAGCUUACCAUUUUUCACGUACCUCUAAUCACGAGCGAACAACCACUAAAAAAAAGCAAAGACAGCCGCAGCAGCGUGCGUCCAUUUAUUACCGAGCUUGUUCACUGCUUUUUCCCACCGGUCGUCUUAACCUCCUGCUCCUCGGUGGCAUAUUAAUGGGAAUGGUUUUACAGGCAGCUUUCUGUUGAUUUAGGGUCAGCACAAAAGUCAACGGUUCACAAGACAUUAGAAUUAAUAGAGCAAGCUCAGUGCCAUUUUUCAACCAGCUUCGUCCUGAACUGUGACGCUGUGAUUCGACGACAAACAAAUGAUUCGUUUUGGGGGCGCUAAACCAUAACACAUUCACCCCUGUGUGGGGCUUUUUUUUCGUUGCUGGCAGGUUCUGCCCGUCGGUGUUCCUCUACCUUUCCAGCAUCGUGCCCGCGAUCUGGCUGCUCGAGCUGGACAAGCUGGACAAGCGCACCCGCUACCAGGACCGGAUGCUGAACGAGACGAUCAAUCUGGCGGCGACGGUCGGCAAGGAUCUGAAGGAUCUGAACAAGAUGCUGGGCGUGAAGAUCCAGCUGCCCGACAUUCAGCUCACCGCCGAGAUGUGGGUGACGCUGAUCGAGCAGUUCCUGAUGCUGGUGCUCAUCAUCGGCCGGUGGAUGCUGCCGAAGGGUGACCUUACCCGGGACCAGCUCAGCCAGCUGCUGCUCGUGUACAUCGGGACGGCGGCGGACAUUAUCGAGUUUUUCGACUCGUUCAAGGACGCGAAGAUAGCGAACGAGCCGGUGCUGGUGCUGCUGACGCUCAGCAUCUGGUCCUGGUCGCUGCUCCAGUUCACGAUCGUACUGUCCGCGACGAGGGCGCGCAAACCGCGCGGCGGUGGGGCCCAGCUGCGCGAUGGCCAGGCUGACGAUGCGAGCUGCUGCAAUGUGGCGUGCUGUAACAUCGAUGUGUGGGGCAUCGCGCUGAACAUACUGCUGCAGGACGCACCGUUCCUAACCUUUCGGCUGCUCAUCAUCGUGCACUACAAAAUCAUCACCUACAUGAACAUCUUCUUCACCUGCAAAAAUACGCUCGUGAUACUGCUCCAGCUGUACCGGCUGUACGUGGUAAACUCGGAAAAUCGGAAAGCGGCCGCCACCAAGCGGCGCCUGAAGAUGCGCAGCAAGGCAGAACAAUCAGCAAGCCGGCAGCAGCAGCAGAAGCAGCGAAAAAUCAGCAAAAGAAAAGUAGCCGACGUUGGAGACGACGAACCGGACCAGCUGGACGCUGGAAGAAAGUCAAAGUCACAUUCGCGGAAAAACAUGCCUCGGUUUCAUCGCGCUUUCCCUUCCCGCAGGUCGUCCUCGUCCCGCAAGGACACUGGCUACUCGACGGCCAGCAGUCAGACGACGGCCGAGCAGCGGCGGCUGCGGAAGUCGACGGCGAAGCCGCGGCCCGGUACCGAGUCGGAUGGGGACGAUCCAUUGCCACCACCGAUCUACAGUGACGAGGAUGAUGGUGGUGAUGGUGAUGAUCGCAACCAAUCGGAUGGUGAGCGUGUUGGACGCCGGUCAAAGGAUGGCAAGGACAGGUAAACAGGGGCUGCACAUGAACUCCUUGUUGCUCUGUCAGGCGUGUUAAGGACAGAUUAAACCUUGCUCCACACAAUUUCACCCCUUGCUUUCGCUACAUAUGCAAGCCUCAACAUUGCUUUGCUUAUCCGUUCAUUAUCCUUUUAGUUUUUGGCUACCAAAAGCAUGCAUUUAAAAAAACCCUCGAGCUGUAGCAUUAAAUGACACCGUGUACUCCAUGUGGGGCAAAACAAAUGCCUUCCAUUCUCAUGUUAGCUUCCUGGAAAAAAGGCUCCCAGCUGCUCGUGAACGUUUGCUUCCAUUGUGCUUCCCCUAGAGCCAUCGCAUGACAGUAGCGGAGGAGUGUUUCGAGCCUCACCCGUCGUCGUCGUCGUCGGCGUACUCGAUUGUUAAUGCUCGAUCGCACGUAAUCCCAUUUCACUGCGAAAAACCCAUCAUCAAGACAUGAAAGCCACGAAAAUAGGCUCUAGUGCCGUGUGGGGGGGAAAGCGAAGGGCGAUGAUCCCACAGCCCGAAACGGUAUGCUAUGUUGGAUUAAUAUUAAUUGAGAAAGAUAUCCUGUAACAGUGCCUCAUAAUCGUGGCUGGAUGUUGGGCUCUCUCCAUCUCGAUCUUCCUACCCUGUCCUACGCCAAGCAAAUUAAGCGUACACAGCACACGCACAUUCGUACCCGGUAUUUCGGUGAAAGCAGCUUUCGGUAAAAGCAGUAUACAAAAAAGCAGCGCAAUGGAAGAUGUUGGACGCUUCUUCGCCGAAGGGUGAUAUUGGUACUUGUGGUGAAAACACGGCCUUUGCCUCAUACACACGAGACGAUGAUGAUGAUGUUUGUGUGUGUAUGAGGUGCUGCUCGUGCACACGUGAGUGUGUGUGUGUUUCGAUGCCAUAUCCUACGAUAAGAGCAUGAGGAAAGCAAUGUUUCCACUUCGACGGACUUUUAUUCCAUUAUAACUUCACCGGAAAAAUGCUCCACCAACAGCCGAGGACGAGCACUCAUCCCCGCUUAUGCUCGUGUAUGCUUAUGUGUGUGUGUGUGUGUGUGUGUGUGUGUGUGUGUGUGUGUGUGUGUGUGUGUGUGUGUGUGUGUGUGUGUGUGUGUG